UGGAUCCCAGCGGACAAUAAACAACAACCACCCCUCAAGGAGCGACUGCAGCAGCUGUAAUGCCAAGGAGCCCGCAGGAUAUUUGGGACGGCGACAUCGUGCACCCCAUCAAGGUGGACGAGCGCGGAUCCUUCCUGUCCUACGACCUGUCCCACCGGGCGCUGCACCGGCGCUCCCCGCUCUCCCGGAGCCAGCUGCCCGCCUUCUACCAGCUGCACUACAGAGGGCAGCGGCUGCAGUUCAACCUGAGCCUCAACAGGCACCUGCUGGCCCCGGGCUUUGUCAGCGAGCGGCGUUUCGGGGGCACGGCCGGCGCCAGGAUCCAGCCGCGCUCGCACAACCCGUGCCACAUGCUCGGGGAGGUGCGGGGCGCGGCGCUGCGGGGCGGGCCGGCUGCCCUGAGCACCUGCGACGGGCUGAAAGGCGUGUUCCAGCUGAUGAACGAGGACUAUUUCAUCGAGCCCGUGUCCAGCAGCCCGCGGCAGGAGGGAGCAGCUCAGCCCCACAGGAUCUACAAGCGGCAGGUGCCCGAGGGCAGGGCUGGGCAGGGCAGGAGCCCCCCUGGCCCAGGGCAGUCCUGCGGGGUGCCAGAGUCUGAGGGGCGCUGGGAGCGGCGCAGGGAGAGAUGGCAGCAGAGGCAGCCCAGGAGGAGGAGGAGGAGGAGGAGGAGGAUCCAGCCGCGCUCCAUCAGCAGGGAGAAGUGGGUGGAGACCCUGGUGGUGGCAGACACCAAGAUGGUGGAGUUCCAUGGCAGUGCCAAUGUGGAGAAGUACGUGCUGACCGUCAUGAACAUGGUGGCAGGGCUGUUCCACCACGCCAGCAUUGGGAACCCCAUCAACAUCGCCGUGGUGCGGCUCAUCCUGCUGGAGCACGAGGAGGAGGAGCUGAAGAUCUCCCACCACGCAGACAACACCUUGAAAAGCUUCUGCAAGUGGCAGAAGAGCAUCAACGUGAAGGGAGACUCCCACCCCCUGCACCACGACGUGGCUGUGCUGCUCACCAGGAAGGACAUCUGUGCUGCCAUGAACAGGCCCUGUGAGACCCUGGGGCUGUCCCACGUGGCUGGGAUGUGCCAGCCCCACCGCAGCUGCAACAUCAACGAGGACACGGGGCUGCCCCUGGCCUUCACCGUGGCCCACGAGCUGGGACACAGUUUUGGGAUUCAGCAUGAUGGAAGCAGCAAUGACUGCGAGCCAGUUGGGAAAAGACCUUUCAUCAUGUCUCCACAGCUCCUGUAUGACACCUCCCCUCUCACCUGGUCCCGCUGCAGCCGCGAGUACAUCACACGCUUCCUCGACCGGGGCUGGGGGCUGUGCCUGGAUGACCCCCCAGCCCAGGAGGUGCUGGACUUUCCCCUGGUGCCCCCGGGUGUCCUGUAUGAUGUGAGCCACCAGUGCAGGCUGCAGUACGGCCCCUACUCCACCUUCUGCGAUGACAUGGACAGUGUCUGUCACACGCUGUGGUGCACGGUGGGGAACACGUGCCACUCCAAGCUGGACGCUGCCGUGGACGGCACGGCGUGUGGGGACAGCAAGUGGUGCUUCAACGGCGACUGCGUGCCCGUGGGCUACCGGCCCCAGCCCAUCGCCGGCGGCUGGAGCCCCUGGAGCCCCUGGGGCCCGUGCUCCCGCAGCUGCGGCGCAGGAGUGCAGAGCGCCGAGAGGCACUGCAGCCAGCCCACGCCCAAGUACGGGGGCCGGUUCUGCCUGGGGGAGCGGCGGCGGUUCCGGAUCUGCAGCGUGCGGCGCUGCCCCCCCGACAGCCCCUCCUUCAGGCAGCUCCAGUGCAGCCUCUUCAACCCCAGGCCCUACAAGGGGAAGCUCUACAAGUGGACACCAGUGCCCAACAACUUGAACCCCUGCGAGCUGCACUGCCGGCCCGAGCGCGAGUUCUUCGCAGAGAAGCUGCGGGACGCGGUGCUGGACGGGACCCCCUGCUACGAGAGCGAGGCCAGCAGGGACAUCUGCAUCAAUGGCAUCUGCAAGAACGUGGGCUGUGACUACGAGAUCGACUCGCGGGCGGUGGAGGAUCGCUGCGGGGUGUGCCACGGGGACGGCUCCACCUGCCACACCGUGCACAAGACCUUCGAGGACAGCGAGGGGCUGGGCUACGUGGACAUCGGGGUCAUCCCGGCGGGGGCGCGGCAGAUCCGCAUCGAGGAGGUGGCCGAGGCCGGGAAUUUCCUGGCGCUGCGCAGCGAGGACCCCGAGAAGUAUUUCCUGAACGGCGGCUGGACCAUCCAGUGGAACGGCGACUACAGGGUGGCAGGCACCACCUUCACCUACAAGAGGACGGGCAACUGGGAGAACCUCACCUCUCCAGGGCCCACGGUGGAGCCCGUGUGGAUCCAGCUGCUGUUCCAGGAGACCAACCCCGGGGUCAGGUACCAGUACACGAUCCAGCGCCCGGCCGACAGCGAGAACGAGGUGGAGCAGCCCGAGUUCCUGUGGCGCUUUGGCUCCUGGAGCACCUGCACAGCCACCUGUGGGACAGGGGUGCAGCGGCAGGCAGUGCACUGUGUGGAGAGGCUGGCAGGGCUGGUGGAGGAGCGAUUCUGCGACGCGCUGACCCGGCCCGACGACCGGCAGCGUGCCUGCAGCGAGGAGCCGUGCCCGGCCCGGGGGCCCCGGCCCGAGGCGGCCGCGCCCUGCCUCGCCCAGCGCCCCUGCCCGGCCCCCUGGGCCGUGGGCAGCUGGUCCGAGUGUUCUGUGACCUGCGGGAAUGGGACCCAGAGGCGCCCAGUGAGCUGCAGCAACAGCAGCGGGGCCGGCUGUGACCCUGCGGAGAGCCCCAGCCCCUCCAGGCCCUGCUCCCUGCCCCAGUGCCCCCCGAGCUGGGACGGCCCCGACUGGUCCGGCAGCGGCUCCUCCAGCAGGGAGGUGUUCAACGAGAUCCAUUCCAUCCCCAGCAAGCACCUUCCCAAACUGGGGCCCCCCGCCCCCAGCGCGCCCGAGCCCAACGGCGUCAACCUCAUCGCCGAGGAGGAUUUCUCAGCCGGGAAAGGAAAUGUCUUUGUGGAUGACUUUUACUAUGACUAUAACUUCAUCAACUUCCACGAGGAUCUGUCCUACUACCCCUCGGCGGAGAAGGAGAGCAAAGGCCAGGAGCCGAAGCCAGAGCCGAGCCCUGGGGGCAGCUGGGGGGUGCCCAGCGAGACCCUGCCCAGCCCCGAGCUGGGAGGGGACAGCCAGCAGCAGCCGGGCACCGAGGAGGAGAGCACCUCUGCUCCUGGCCACGAGCCACGGCCAGAGCCCGGGCCUUUGGCCACCAGUGACCUCCCGAGCGCGGUCCCCGAGGACGUGGGGUCAGCCACGCCCGGAUCCAGCAGCCCUGGCUUUGUGGGUGAGGAGGAGGAGGAGGAGGACGCAGUGCUCGUGCCCCGCCCGGAGCAGCGUGAGCCCACCCAGAGCUCGGUGGGCCGCGGCUCUGCAAACCCUGCCCGCUGGGACGGGCCCCACGGAGCUGAGCCCAGCAGGAGCGGCCUCGGGCAGGGGGCCCCAGGCCAUGGCCCCACUCCCCAGGGUCCCCAGGCAGCUGCUCCAGUGCCCACGGGCUGGGCCGGCGCCACUGCGGCUGUGCCCCACGGACACGUGAGCACCGAGGGACGGGGCACGGCCGGCUCUGCAGGGACAGGCCACCGGGACUCCAGGGAGACCGGUCUGGCCGUCACCAGUGACACUGAUGGUGCAGCCCCACAGCCCACAGGGCAGCAGGGGUGGGCAGGGGUGCCAGAGGGGGUGCUGGACACGCAGGCAGGUGGGCAAGCCCACGGCACGGACAGGGCACACCUUGCCUUGCCCACCCCUCCGGGCUGGGAGGGGGCGGGGAGUGCUGGCAGGGCCCCCACCUCACCCCCCUGGGUGGCCACAACAGCCCCUCCGGUGUCCUUGUCCCCUGCCGUGCCCGGGCCAGGCACCCAGCUCACCUCCAGUGGCCUCAGCCAGCAGCAUGGCCUGGUCCCAGCCAUGCCCACAGCCCCAGCUCAUGGCCCACCCGCCCACAGAGCGGGGUCCCCCCUGGAAUGGGGGACACAGGGGGUGUCCCAGCACCAGGAUCCCGCAUGGACUCUGCUCAGCAUCACUGCAGCAAGGGAGCCCUCAGCAGGGACAGCCCCAGGGACAGGGACACCCCCAGGGACAUCACCCAGGGAACCCUCCCCAUGGACACCCCCAGGGACAUCACCCAGGGAACCCUCCCCAUGGACACCCCCAGGGACAUCUGCCUCCAGUGAUGGGGGGCACGAGUUGUCCCAGCCCCUCCCUUUGUCGCCCCCACUCUGGGAGAAGAGGCUGGAGGAGGAGGAGGAGGAGGAAGAGGAGGAGGAGGAGGCUCUGCUUCCACCAUCAGCCACUGCCAAGCCCAGCUGGGAGGUCGGGAACUGGAGUGAGUGCUCGGCCACCUGCGGCCUGGGCGCCGUGUGGAGGCCCGUGCGCUGCAGCAGCCAUGGCGGCUGCGCCGAGGCCGACAGGCCCGUCCCUGCCCGGAGGUGCUCCCUGAGACCCUGCUCGGCCUGGAGAGUGGGCAACUGGAGCAAGGGGGAGGAGGCGGCCAGGCCCGCCAGCAGCCGGCCCUGCAACAGCCAGCCCUGCAGCAGCUGGGUGGUGGGCUCCUGGGGCCAGUGCUCGGCUCCCUGCGGAGGGGGCAUCCAGCGGCGCCAGGUGAAGUGCAUGGACACCAGGACAGGCGUGGCCCAGGAGGACAGCAGCCUGUGUGCCCACGAGCCCUGGCCAGAGAGCACCCAGAAGUGCAACCCCCAGGAGUGUGAGAGCUCCCAGCCAGGUGUGCCCUGCGAGCGCGACCGCCUGAGCUUCGCCUUCUGCCAGACGCUGCGGCUGCUGGGCAGGUGCCACCUGCCCACGGUGCACCGGCAGUGCUGCCGCAGCUGCCGCCGCCCCGGCGGCCAGCAGCGCCUCUCCCGCAGGUGACAGCGCUGUCCCCGAGGCCAGCGCCCCUGCCCGCUGUGCCGCAGCCCCGGGGGGCUCCGGGCUCCGGGACCCUCGAACGGUGCUCAAGCCAUCCCUGGGGCCGGGGGGGGUGGGACGUGUGCCCAUUGCAGGGCCUGGCAGGGUCACGCUGCCCUGGGAGCCAAAGGGGAGCCCGAGGGGAGCUGAGAGCAGCGGUAAUUCGGGGAAGAGCUCUCAGAAAUGCUUAUGGUGCUAUCAUUUGACGUUUGCAGCCUCUCCAAGGUGUUGGCUGGCCAGCACAAACCUUGAUUUUUAUUAUUAUUUUUGUAUCUCUGAGGUGAGCAUCCAGCAUUCCACUGACCCUUCGGGGUAGGGAUUUUUAUUAUUUUUUUUUUUUCCUUUAAGGGACUUGAAGCUGGCAACCCAUUCCUGUUAAUUUUCAUUAAAAUGUUUACGCACUGAAGCUGAACAGAUUUAAUUUAAGAAGUGGAGACAGGGCAGAGGAGUAAAGUUUCAGCUUCAGCUGGGGCUGUGCAGGGCUCUGUGCCCCAUGUCCCCUCUGCUGGCCUUCUCUGCCAAAGCCAUUGCUGUGUCCCUCUGGGGCAGAGGGCAUCCCCAGGGAGCUCUGGAGCCCAGCAGCACUUUCCCUUGCUUGCAUUAGGGCAGUGAGUGGCACAUCCCCUCCCUGGUGCUCAGUCCCUGGAUUUCUCUGUGUGUAGCAGUGUAAUGCUUGCUUAAGGUGGUUUUUUCUGUGGCCUUACAGGCUGAACCCUUUUUUUUUCCUGCUUAUCUAGAUUCUCCUGUGUUAAGGUUAGGUGAUUUUUAACUAGAAUAUCCAAUUUACUCUGAGGCACAGCCCCUGCUGCCUGCUCCCAGAGCGCUGUGGGAGCAAAUCCCUCCCUGUCUCAGGAAGGGUUUGCUGGCAGGUUGGUCUCUGGAGGAGGGCAGGAGCAUUUUGGUAGGAAUUCCUUUCCCUGUUACUCCUCAGGCUGUGGAGGAUGCCCAAAAACUGGGGGACCUUGAAGGGCAUUCUUCCCUGCCCUGGGCAGAGCCAGCCUGGAGCCCGUCCAGGCUGCAGAGCUCCAGGUGCUUCUCCCUGGGCUGUCCAAAGGGGGGAAUUCCUGAGUGUGAUUUGUAUGUAAAACACAAGCCAUGACUUCACCAGUUGUGCUUUACUCCAUUCCAAGGUUUUUUAUGGUCUGAGAGCCUGUGUCCAGUCCUGUUUCCUUGUCCCCAGCACCAUCUGUCCCACAGCCUGUCGCCCUCCCAGGACUGCAAAGGGACAAGCCUGGUGCUGGGCUCUGAUGGCCACAGCACAGAGUGUGUUAAAUUAAACAGUUACUGAAGGAAACAGGUGGGUUUCCCAUUUUCUCUUCCCUAGGGGAGUCCUGGAGGGUUUCAGUUAGUUGGAGCUGGUUCAGGCACUGGCAGCAGGAAGGAAUGAUCAGUUUGCAUCCGAAAAUCAUUCGCAACUGCUGUUUGCAACUGGGGUUUGUUGAUUAAAACAUCAGCCGGGUCGAUGGGGUAAAUCAGUUCUGCAAAUGAGUUUAUUGGUGGCACAGGAUCUGGGGAGCCCUUCCUGCAGUGCCUUUCCACGUGCAGGGUCCCACCUGUGGCUGGCUGAGGGCAUGGGAUAAUCCCUCCUGUGGGGCACCAGGCCCGCCGUAAGCACAUAACGAGCCAGGCCUCCCACCAGCACAGAAACUGCAGCAUCACUGACAAUAAAACACAUCUGGCUCAAA